CAGGUUUUUUUCGGACUGCCGCAGUGCCAAAUCGACACUGCGGCAGUACCGAUAGCCGCUCUAUCUUGUGUUCCUAGUGAAGAAAACGCUUUGUAUUUUGUAUGCGCUGUUGUUGGAAGAAGGAAAUUAUUCAGAAUCGAGCUAGCUAGUCUAGAGAGGCCUAGGCCCUAAGUCUAAACUAGUCCUUGGCAGAUUCCAGCACCUCCGUCCGUUCGCUGCCCGUGACCGUCGUCGACGUGACCGCUAUUGGAGCUGAGUGUGAGUGGCCUAGCUUUUGCUGACAUGGUUAUACUUAAUUUAAAAGACCUAGACGUUGAUCAUGUUGCCUUUUAUAACUGGGAUCAAGACCAGCACAAAGUUUAUAUUCAGUUGUAUGUGAACUCAAAUGUAAAUGUCAAGACGGAUGUAAAAAUCGAUGUAAAUGAUUUAGAAAUCACUGUUAAAUACAAAGAUGAAAUUGCAUGGUGCUGCCAGUUCUAUGCCAAAGUUGUUGAGGAGACAUGUACAGUGCAGUUUAAAGAUAAUAAGAUGGUGAUUAGUAUAGAUAAGAAAAAAGCCAGUGAGGAUUGGCAUCAACUGCAGAACACACAUGUUGAUGUCAAGCAAGAUAGUGAUGAAGAAUCUUCAGAUUCUUUGUUUGAGCUUGUGUUUUUGAAAAACGACUUCUAUGAACGUGAGAGUACGGUGACCGUUAGUUUAUUCGUCAAGCAAAUUCUUGAGGAGUCAGUAAAAGUGAAAUUUGAACCCCACAACCUUGAUGUCAAGUUCUCCACGAGAGAUUGUAACUUCCUCAAAUCACAUGAGGGAACUUCAGAAGAAACAAUAUUUCACUGGAAAAUCACACUCAGCAAUCCAGUUCUUCCCAAGAAGUGUACAUAUAAAGUAAAGUCAACACAAUUAGAAAUUAAACUGAACAAAGAGACUGAUGUGAAAUGGACGUCACUUGAGAAGCCACUUCUCAAAUCAACUACUAAAGAUGCUGGGCAGAAGGACAGCUGGCACUCUCUAGGGUCAACACCCUCAAAAAUCAACAGAGGGGCAGCAGGUGGUGCUAAAUCGAUAACAGCCGUUGAUGAUGUCCAACCAAAGAAACCUACAUGUGCAGUCCAGCCAAUGUCAUACCUAAACAAAGACGAGGACCACAAUGCACCACACUACAAAAUUGGAUUUACUGGUCUUGACAACAUGGGAAACACUUGCUUCAUGAACAGUGUUCUACAAGUGUUGGCAAACACUAGAGAGUUAAGGGAAUAUGUUCUGAGUGGACUUCCAAUGCAAAAUGAUUUGAACCCUGAAAAUCCCUUAGGAUCAUCUGGCAAACUAAUGGUUGCCUUUGCUGUAUUGAUUAAAAAUUUAUGGAGUGGUAACCACAAAUCAGUUGCUCCCAAGAAACUCAAGGCAUUGGUGGCUGGCAAGGCCUCACAGUUCAUGGGCUAUGCUCAACAUGAUGCUCAGGAGUUCAUGGCUUUCCUUCUAGAUAUUCUCCAUGAGGAUGUGAAUCGAGUAAAGAAGAAGCCAUACUUUGAGAAUGUUGAAGGGACAAACCUCCCUGAGCAGGUUCUUGCUGAUGAAGCAUGGAAAAGGCACAAAGCUAGAAAUGAUUCCGUCAUUGUUGACCUUUUUCAUGGGCAGUACAAAUCAAAGCUUGUUUGUCCAGUUUGCAAUAAGGUUUCAGAAACCUAUGACCCAUUCAUGGAGUUAGUAGUACCACUUCCAAAGAAGAAGCAGAUUUUCUCUGUCAUAUUUAUGUCUCGAAACUAUCAGAAGAAACCUGUUAGGUACACGGUCAGUCUCCCAGAAGAUGCAUUAGUUCAAGACUUAAAGCAAACCAUUGCAGACAAAACAGGACUUGAUCCAACUUGUCUGCGUGUAUUCAGAGAGAAUGAAGGGAGCAUUCACUACCGUUUUCGUGAUGUGGACACCUUAAGCAAAUACAGAGCGGAUUAUUUUUUUUAUGUUGUUGAGGUGUUAUCUAAAGCAACAGCAGGUGAGAAAGUGGUAGAGAUAUCUGUUAUCCAGCGUCUAUUAAUGCCACCAAUUCGUAAUUACUGCUCAAGUUGCAAGAAAAAGUUUGAAGACAGCCGAAAACUGAAACGCUGUAUGAAAUGUUACAAAGUCUCGUAUUGUGACCAAUCAUGUCAGAGGCAACACUGGAGCCUGCACAAGAAUUCAUGUGCACCAACAGCAGAGCCAGUAGGAGUCCCAUUUAUUAUUAGUUUACCUGAAUCAAAGGCUACCUACAGACGACUGGAGGAAAUGAUGGAAGGCUUUGCCAGGUAUUCUGUUGAUGUGUUUCAACCUCCUGUGCAGCCAGUAGCAUCAGCUGGAAUUACUACCCAGAAGGAGGAGGAAGUGGCACCUGCCAAUCAUCCUGACCGUCCCAUUGAUGGGAAAGAUUAUACCAAGGAAUGUGAUGAAACAGAGAUGGAAGUUGAUUCAAGUACGCCAACACUCACCGAGAACGCCACCAAUCAAAAAGCUGGAUCUAAUACAGCGACCGUCACAGGUCAGAUCAAAUCUGAGACGAGAAGUUCACCGUUGUUUCACAUCAAGCCUGUAGACAGACAGGGAAAGAGUCUACCCAAAACACCUAGAUUAGAAGACAAAGGCCAUGAACCUCUUAAGCUGCAAGAUUUUGAACACUUAGCCAUGGACUGGAGGAACAACGAGAAGAUGGACCAGUAUGUCAUGGUGAAGUCUAAAGACCUGGAAUAUGAUGAAGAUGAUUGCGAUGUCAGCAAAGAUUCAGUAACUACUUUGGAACACUGCAUUGAUCUGUUCACACGGCCAGAAAGACUAUCUAAAGAGGAAGCCUGGUACUGUCCCACUUGUAAAGAGCACAGAGAAGCUACAAAAGAAAUGUCAAUAUGGCGUCUGCCAUCAACACUCAUCAUACAAUUGAAGAGGUUUUCUUUUAAGAAUGCUUUGUGGAGAGAUAAGAUCACCAAGAAAGUUAUCUAUCCUGUCAGGGGAUUAGAUUUAACUGACUAUGUACAUGGAGUUCACCACUCUGGGCCUACAGUCUAUGACCUUUACGGUGUCAUAAACCAUCAUGGAGGUCUACUGGGAGGUCAUUACAUGGCUCUUGCCAGGCUGCCAGCUGUUGAACAUUGCAACAAGAAUGAGAUAGAUUGGCGUCAGUUUGACGACAGUAUUGUUCGAGCUGUGGAUGAGAAGAGCGUGGUGAUUCAGUCGGCAUACCUGUUGUUCUAUCGUCAACGUAAGCCGUACCAAAGCUUGAUUCAGAACCCGAUGAUAGAGGUGGAAAGUGCACCUUUGACUAGGAAGGAAGGAUCAUUAGAUUUUGUGACCGCAAGAAACGAUUCAGAAAAUGCAAGCACGAACAACAGUCUAGGUGGUACCAACAUAAGUAGAGACAGUAUCAGUAUGUGUAGAGACUCAGAUGACAUGAACAUAGAUGAGAUGAGGGAUGAGGAGGAAGAGAAAAAUACCGAUAUGGAAAUUGUUGAUUAAUUGAGUCAAGAGGUCAUGCAAUCCUGUGGCACUGGUUGACAUCUGAAUUUAUGUUUUCUUUAAAAGAAAUAUAUAAGCAAUAUCAGUUUAUUGUAAAAGUUGUUCAUAUCAUUUUAUAUAUUGGUUGAACCAAUGAAUUAUGAAAUUUAAAUAUUCUUGAUUAAUUGUUUGACUAAUUGACUGAAUAUUAUUAUAAGGACAAUACAGCAUUUGUUAUGCAAGAAAACAUUUUUAAGUAUUAUGUACUAUCACAUAUCAAUUAAGUUUGAACUUAAAAUGUGCAUACUUUAUUAUAGGCUUGAUGGGCUGAUUAUAUUUGAUUGACACAGGCCUAUGGAGAUGACCUGACCACUUCGGCCAAGUUAUUACUCAGUAGCACCUGAGGAAAUGAGAUACUAUACUUGGCUAGGGGAGUGGGUGAGUGAGAAUUUCAGUUUCCCAUUGACAAAUUUCAAAAUUUUUAUGGUACUCUAUUAUAGAAAAAUAACCCUAAAAUAUUUCAUUGAGAUCAUUUUGAGGUCAUAGUCUAAAAAGUCAGUGACAUGCGGCAAAGAUGAUCUCCAGAUUCCUUUAAAAUGGACCUAAUUGGUGGUUAUGCCAAACUCAAUGAAAGAAAAAUAGCUACAGUACUCACAGUACUACUAUACUAUUAUACUAAUAUCACUACUACUUUAUUGUUAGCAUACUUUAGGUUUUGAAGUUGUUUUCACUGGAAAAUUCAGUGUUAGUGCGCCAUCUUCGUCUGUCUGAGACUGGCGCGUAACAAAUGUCCUCCAUCAUUGUAUAUACACUCUUUACAUCUGAAGAUAUGGAAACGUGUGCGCAGCAUGGUGCUGGGCGUUCAAUUGAGAGGUCGUUGGUUCCUAACCAACGCUGGUCGCACUACUGGUGUCCUUUUGUAAGACGCUAUGUUUGCCUCUCCACUCAAAAUGUGUACCAGGUAGGAGGUGGAUAAUUUGGAAUGAAUUGUAGUAUAAGUAUUGAUUACAUGCAUAUCUAAGAAUAAUCCCCAGAUAGCAGAAGAGGUUGUACAUUGUGCAAGAUUUUUUUUGUAUUCAAAAAUAAAAAAUAAAAUAAAAGGAAAAUAAAAUAAAAUAUAACCUCAAGUAUAUACUGACAUUGACUUAAUACAUUUUUCAUAAGAACAAAUGUGCAAUGUUUGUAGGGUGGUUAUAUGUGUGAACUGGGAAUUUCAUGUACAGUAUAUUGUAGUCUCUUGCAUAAAUAAGAAUGAAAAUGAUUGUUGCCAAAUCUCUUUCAUGAGCUGGAAUUGAACUUUCAUCAAUCAAACUGACCAAUCGGAUCAGGAGUCAGGAAUACGCAUAUGUCCCACAAACACAUGUUUAUGCUAUCUUUUAGUGGCACCUUAACAAUAUCUAAAAGGUGGGACUUUGCGGAAAGUCCAUUAUACCAAGUACACCUAUUGUAUUGUUUGAAAAGAAAUGUAAGGAGUAUAUAACAAGUCUCUCCUUUUCAUCGUAUUCACUGUGUGUAUGAUAACAUGGCAAAUCUCGAUUAAAUGUUAUUUAUUGGUUUUAUGAAAUUUAUUUAAAGUGUAUUUUGUGCCAAUGUUCCUCUGGUGCCAAAGGUACACGCUGUCCCAAAGGCAAUUUUUAAAGUCAAACUCAAGAGGAAAUUUUUGAUAUGUUUUUUCUCAAACAACUUUUUUCUGUCUUAGAAAAAUCAGUUCUACAACAUAUCAGAAUAUUCUUUCUCUCUGGUGGCUGACUUUAAAUGCAUUCUCAUUAGGGUCUUGACAUCUGAAGCAUUUGUACUUUUUAUAUUUAGGAGAAAAAAUAAAGAAAACGAGAAUCAAAUUGGGUCCAUUUAAACUUGGUGCCAAUGUUAACAAGUCUAUAUUAUGCGGAAUGUUUGUUUACACAUAUGACUUGGUUUGGUACAUUGUAAUGAUGCAUUGUCUAGUUGAGUUUUACAUAUAUUGUUACACAGAGAUGUCUUUGGUAAUGAUACAGUAGGUGCUAUAUCAAGAUAGAUUCAACAAAGGCAAAAGUGAAGACACGUAUGAUUAUGCAAAAUCCAAAAAGAAUACACAAAGCCUACAGCGACAUGAUUGGUUGAGUAUAAACUUAUAAAAAAUGGAUUGACAUUUAUUUUUUAUGGUGCGCUGUUAUCUGAUAAAUUAGACUAAAUUAAAAAAAUGUAAAAUAGGUUUAUAUACUGUUAGAAUACCUUUGCUAUUGGGGGGUGGGUUUAUAUUUGCCGAUUGCCUAAACGAAAAGUAAAGUGCUUUCCUAAUUAUAAAAUUAUAUUGUAUGCCAAGUUUAACUGACAUGAAAUAUUGAAUGAUAAAUUAUUGCUUUGUUAUGAACGCAAGUUAACAACAAUGAUGAAUUAUCGUCUGUAAUUGAUUCGCCUACUUUUAUUAAAUGGAGAUUUCCUCGAAAUGCCAAUA